AUGAUAAUUUAUUUAUUCCUAAUCCUUAAUAAAGGUGUCGACAUUUCUGACUCUUCCGCGCGCGCACUCAUCGAAGAAACAAAAGCUAUGCAUCAAGCGCUGCGUGACAUCGCAUUGGCUGUGGUCAAUGAUUCUCUUAACUUGCCGUGUCAUUCAAAUAGUGUUCUCGGUGGAGCCGGUGACUUGGCUGGUGAAGAGACCAGUCUUGCUUAUCCAACCAGUCCAGGCUCUCCGUUGAUACCUCAGCUUCAGCCUAUGCCACCCCACUCACAGCCUCCUCUCUUGCCAACAACAGUAGCUCUUGCCCUUCCUGCGACCUCCGUAUCUUCCACGGAAGUAGCAGCGGCAGCUGAGACUGGCCAAUCUUCAGGGUCCGCCAUUCCACAAAUUGGCUGGCUUGGCCGACUUGCUCUUCCAACUGAGUAA